AUGUCCCGAACACUCGAACCGUCGGCCGUUGGCACUGUGCCGAUGCUCGAGGCCAAGGCGUCGUUUGAUUUAAAAACGGCUGCAGAGAGAAAGCAGCGCGCGCAGCGAAAUGCCGAUAAACCUACGACAAGGCCACAUCCGUACUACUGGUUGGAUAAGCCGAAUACGUUGCAACUUGGUCCGACUGCUCCUGCCGAGCCAAACUCCGCAUCUGCGCAUUCGCGCACGCCCUCGAAUCCACUCACUUCGUGUACCAACGAGACGAUGGAAACCAAGGCGACGACGCCUCAACGCGUCCCUGCCACCUCCUCGCCCACAUUGUUGCGCAUGCAGAUGUCCCAGACACCCAUGGCACGCGCUCCCGAGCGCCCCAGUCACCUGGACAUCUCUGCCCUCUCUCCCGAGGAAUACGCAACCUUUUCGAAAUGGAUUGUACGGAUCAAGCCCGCCCAUACGCGGCGGCAUGGGUACUUGGACGAGCAUGCGGCUAUCAAGUUUUUGCGCAACGAACUCGGCGUGUCUGUCGACGACGAGAUUACGAUCAUGUCCAUGUUUGAGCGACUUCCUCUAGGACUUGCCCCCGGGCACUUUUACGCAAUGGUCCGACUUGCCUCCUGGGCACAACAGGGCUACCCAAUUAGCAAAGAGCUUUUGUUCACCCAGACAACGCCUCCCCAAUCGCGACGGCGCAGGCGCAGCCAAGCAUCGCGCACCGCAAGCGGCAUUUCUGCAGUAGACAAUGCGCCAAAGCACCAGUCCCAUGCGUUGCUGCCCCCCAUGGAGCCGAUUCUGAUGGAAGUGCCGAAAGCGCCGCCGCGCCAAGUCUCUGACGAGGACACGCUGGACGAUCCUCCCCUCGCACUUUCCAGUCCGCGUGUCGUGCGCCCCAAACCCGUCCUUGCACGCCCCUCGAACCCUGCGAGUGAGGCUGCCGAAGGCGAAUUAAGCAGGCGCGCCAGCGAAGACGCCGGCCCCUCGCGCUACUCCGAAAAGCUGCCCGAGUCGCCCAUGCCUUUUGGCGCGCGUCUCGAGCGCCCUUCGGCACCCCUUCUUCUCCCUCUAGUCAGCCCCCUGAUCCAGGCUGGCUUGAAUGCACGCAGCGAGGUGAAGCGAUUAUCGCGCCAGGCCUCGCGCCCGAAAACCUUCACUGUGCUUUCGAGCUCCAGCGGGCAAGUGCCGCGUGCAAAGCCGCGCCUGCUCACCGGCCAGGAAGCACCGUUGCCCCGCGUACAGCCGCAAUCGACCAAGCGGCGCAGCAUAAAUCGAUUUCCAUCUAUACUCAGCGACGUGCGUCUCCCAUGCAACGAUGCGCUCGACACGCUUUCUCUCCCUGGCCAGACCAUCGCACCCCGACCUUCUUACGUGAGCCGCGAGCACAAUAUACUUCCUGCGUGGCUACGCGAGCAGCAGUUUGAAGGCAACGUCGCCUACGUUCCACCCGACGCCAACACAUCUUUGUCGCAAAGCGUGUUUGAGUCGUUUGACGACGUGCACGAGUCGAUGAGCGGCAGCGAGCGCGCUGCUGCCAGUAUCAACCGAAACACACCAUUCUUUCCACCACACGAACGCGAUCUGGAGCGCUUGGCACGGGCCGAUAUGGAGGGCUGCGGCCCUGCGCACUACCGCGCGCUGAAUGCACAGAUUUCAGGCGACGCGCGCAGCGAGAAGCUCAGUCGGCCCAAGCCUUCUGUCUCGCGCCGCCGCGUCGAUCCUGCGUGGGGCACGUUGCUCGACGCGGGCACCUACGCCGGCUUCAAGCUUACGCCUUCCGGCCGUGAUUUGCGCCUGUUGACGCCGCGGAAAGACGUGGGCGGAAAGCGUGCGCUGCCGCUGAUGCCGCCGAACCAAGAGUUCCAGCCGAUGCUUGCGCCGCCGUCCAUGCAGCGCGCCGAGUCGAUUUCAAGCGAAACACGCGAGCGUAUCGAGCCCGUGUCACACGCGUUGCCGCCAAACCAGCCGCAGCACCGCGCAUCGGACUCCAAUGUACGCUAUACCACCGAACAGACCUGGACGCCGCGGAUGCAGCCAACUGUGCGCAAUACAGACAUGCAGCGGUUCACCUUGCAGGGUGACGCUACGCGGCCGCAGCUUCCCCAUCUCCCUACGCACGAUCGCAAGUCCAGUGGCUCGUACGGGACCAUGUUCAAGACGUGGCCAAAACACGAGACGCAGCCUACCGACAAGGCACUGGCCGCACACGAGGCGAAAGCGGUGAACAAGGCGCUACGGCGCAAUGUGCUUCCCGUGCCGAGCGCCGAAGAUGAAGACAAGGAGUGGUCGCUCCUCGAGGAAGAAAAGCCGAGCGACGUUGCAGACGCCGCAGACGCUGACCAAGCCUCCGACGCCGCGGCGGUCCAUCGCACAUCUCCCACGCCGUAG